CCGCCGCGCCCGGGCCUCCCGCGCCCGCCCAUGGAUUUCACCUAGGCCCCAUGGCGGCCCCCGAGACGCCCCCGGACGUGGCCUCGGCCUCCAGCGCGUCGCUCUUCCGCCUCCGCCACCUCCGCCUCGGGCUGGACCUGCGGCCCGAGGCCCGCGCCCUGGCCGGCUGCCUGGUGCUGGAGCUCUGCGCCCGGCCGGCGCCCGGCGGGGCCGAGCAGGAGGCGGCGGAGGCGGAGGGGGACCGCCGCCCCCGCCGCCGCGCCCUGGUGCUGGACACGCACCCGGCCGUGCGGGUGGCCUCGGUCGCCUUCCGCGCCUGCCCGGGCGGCGAGGCGCGCUGCGGCUUCGUCUUCCCCUGCGCCGGCGGGGGCGGCGCGGAUGGCGAGCCGGGGCCGGCCCGCGGCCCGCCGCCUCCGCCCGCCCGGCCGUCCUCGGCCCCCGCGGGGCACCCACACCCGCACUGCCCGCUCAGCACCGCCAGCGCACUUUUGGCCCUCGGCCCGGCGUCCCCCGAGGCGGACCGGCCCGGCCCCGGCGCCGCCCCGGACGCCCCCGCAGAGGGCCCCCCGCCGUGGGGGGAGGCUCCCCGCGGGUCCCCGGCCGGCCUCUGGAACUGCGCCCCGCUGGAGAGCCCCGAGGCACCCGCGCCGCCCCUGCCCGCCUUCCCCCGGCCGGCGCCCCCCGCGCACGCCCCCUGCCCGCUCUUCUUCCGCGUGGACCCCUUCAGCGACUACGGCUCGGCGCUCACCAUCUCCCUGCCGGCCUCCCUGGAGCCGCAGCAGCCCUUCCAGGUCAUCAUCCGCUACACCGCCGUGGAUGCCCCCGCGAUCUGGUGGCUGGAUCCUGAGCUAACCUAUGGCAACUCCAAGCCGUUUGUGUUCACCCAAGGCCAUUCGGUGUGCAACCGCUCCUUCUUCCCUUGUUUCGACACGCCAGCUGUGAAAUGUACCUACUCUGCGGUUGUCAAGGCCCCUGCAGGUAUGCAGGUGUUAAUGAGUGCUACCCAAAGUACCUAUGAGGAAGAAGAGGGCAUAUACCAGUUCUACAUGGAAUACCCCAUUCCUGCUUACCUGGUGGCCCUCGUGGCUGGGGAUCUUGUAGCUGCAGACAUUGGUCCUAGGAGCAAAGUGUGGGCAGAGCCAUGCCUGCUGCCAACAGCUAUUGGCAGACUCUCAGGUCGGGUGGAGCACUGGCUCAGCGCUGCAGAGAGCCUCUAUGGUCCAUAUAUAUGGGGCAGGUACGACAUUGUUUUUCUUCCUCCCUCGUUCCCUAUUGUAGCCAUGGAGAACCCAUGUUUGACCUUCGUAAUCUCUUCCAUCUUGGAGAGCGAUGAAUUCCUCAUCAUUGACGUCAUCCAUGAAGUAGCCCACAGCUGGUUUGGCAAUGCGGUCACCAACGCCAGCUGGGAAGAGAUGUGGCUGAGCGAGGGGCUGGCCACUUACGCUCAGCGCCGAAUCACCACGGAGACUUAUGGUGCUGCUUUUACAUGCCUGGAGACAGCCUUCCGCCUUGAUGCCCUUCACCGACAAAUGAAGCUCCUUGGGGAGGACAACCCUGUUAGCAAACUUCAGGUUAAACUUGAACCAGGUGUGAAUCCCAGCAACCUGAUGAACCUCUUUACGUAUGAGAAGGGGUUCUGCUUUGUUUACUACCUGUCUCAGCUGUGCGGAGACCCAGCACAUUUUGAUGCCUUUCUCCGAGCUUAUAUUGAGAAGUACAAGUUCACAAGCGUUGUAGCCCAAGAUCUGCUGGAUUCCUUCCUGGCAUUCUUUCCAGAAUUGAAAGAACAAUGCAUUGAUUGCAAAACAGGGCUAGAGUUUGACCGCUGGCUCAACGCAACAGGGCCUCCUUUAAUUGAACCAGACUUAUCUCAGGGAUCCAGCCUGACCCAGCCGGUGGAGACGCUGUUCCAUCUCUGGACCACGGAGCCUCUGGAUGCAGGAGCUGCUGCUAACAGUGUCAACAUCACCGAGUGGCGAACAUUCCAAACGGUGCUUUUCCUGGAUAGGUUACUGGAUGGGUCGCCCCUGCCGCACGAGGUGAUAACGAAGUUGUCUGAAUGCUACUCGGCCCAGCUGGACAACAUGAAUGCCGAGAUUCGUAUCCGCUGGCUGCAGAUCAUCGUCCGCAACGAUUACUACCCCGACCUUCACAAAGUCCGUCGCUUCUUGGAAAGCCAGAUGUCCCGGAUGUACACGAUUCCGUUGUAUGAGGACCUCUGCACUGGAACCCUCAAGUCCUUUGCCUUAGAAGUUUUUUUCCAGACCCAGAGCCAGCUCCACCCGAAUCUGCGGAAGACCAUUCAUCAGAUCUUGACCCAGGGCUUGAACCCGCCACUCCUUGCCACGGACACGGCUGCCGUCACGGCAGACCCUCCAGCCACUGAGCUUGAGGACAGAGGAGCCGCGCACGGUGCCGUUUCUCUCAGGGACGUCAAUGUGUCUGCUUAGCUCUCCAGCUCAUGCUGGGCCUUGGGAGCUGGCGGGGCCGGCUGGAACGCUGACCUCGUACUGCCCAGUGGCCCUUUGUGCCGCUGCCGGGGGGCUGGACUUCUUAGAUUUCUCCCCAGGUGUGCAUCAAGAGCCCUACGUGCCUUCAGGUGCCUGACCCCUAGGCACAGCAAGAUAUCAGGGAUGUAUCUUCUUCUAACUCUAAGCAGCGACUGGUGUCAGGUGGCUCUUUUGCCUUGAUGCAUCAUGAAUGUGAACUCCAGGUUGAUUUUUGUCUCUGCCAACAAAGCGUUUCCAGCACUUGACAGGCGUUUCGUUUGUCCCCCUCCAAGCCUUGAAGGAAACAGAAUCAUCGCUGGCCACAUGCUGUCCACGCACUAAGAAGAGAAAAACUGAUCAGGAUCAUGGAAAUGUGAAGGCGAGGCACUGCUCUGCAGAGCAGGCUGUUUUCCUUCCUUCCUUCCUUCCAUUUACACACACACACACACACACACACACACCAUUCAUUCAUUCAUUGUGUGUGUGUGUGUGUGUGUGUGUGUAUAUAUGUGUGUGUGUGUGUAUAUAUAUAUAUAUAUACACACAUAUAUAUAUAUAUAUAUAUAUAUGAAUGAGUGAAUGAAUGAAACCGUUGAAAGUAACGUGGGAAUCUGUUCUGUUUUAUGCUCUGCUUGUGACUCAGAAUCCUGAAGAACGAAACAUUUCUUCCAGGCAACGCCUAGAUUUCAGGAAAGCCGUGAAGAUGGGUAGGGGUCAGAUAUCAAGAGAUUUGCGUGGGGUUUACAGGCCAGGGGUGGACGCACAGCAGGCUUUAUAGAGAAGCUUCAUCUGAAGCAAAGAAUGGGGUGGAAGAAGCCAACCCUUAAGGUGUGGAGCAGGAACAUAGGUGUGUUAAAAUUGCUUUGCUUUCUUCGGAGACCAGCAUGCCCAAUGGUUACGGUGUACAAGGCACACUCUGCCAAGCAGGGAUGGGAAGGCCUUUCAAGAUUGCACCGCUGAGGUCAGUGGCCAUCACCAAAUGCAGCAGUGCAAUGUUCUGUUUGAUUUUCCUUCCAAAAAAGUAAAAUAGGAAUGUUAAAUCUUUGCAAAAAAAAAAAAGUGUCCUGACUGUGCUGUAAACAUACUGACUUGUCCCACAUCCUUGGGACUGUAUCUUUGGACAGUGCUGCUGGUGGCUUCCAGCCCUCUGCCCAUGUUCCUUGCACACAUGAGCUCAUGCAACCAUUUUCAUGUGUUUUACCAAAGCUACUCUGGGAUUUAUUUCUCUGCAUACCUCCCUUGUUCAGGAGUAAUAUUUAUUCUCUGUCCUGGAAAAGAUGGGCAGAGUAACCCCUGGAUGCCCCUCUGCGUCCAGCUCUGGUGCGGAGGAUGCCUGUCUGCUGCCACCUCCCUUGUGAAAACUAGUUCCAGAUCCACAGAGGUGCUUAAAUUGUCUGUUUCCUCUUCCUUUGCUCUGCUUCCCUCAAAAUGCAUUCUCCCCCGGGGUGACUCUUGACUCCAGACAAAAGGAGGAGAAGCAAUAAUGAAGUUGGACUCCAAAAUCUUGCCUCAGUUGGGUUGUGAUGAUUUGGCGUUUCGGCUGUGGGAGUCCUCCUCUAUUGGGAAAUGUGCAGGGUUCUCGUCUCCCCAGGCAUCCCUUCGACUUUUAAGGUGCCUGAUUUGCAGCACUUUUGACACCCAGUCUGGCAGAGACCGCAACCACUAGGCCUUCCUGCCAUCCUAAGCCUGUUAUCCUACGUUUUUAUUUUUUCCAGGAGAAUGUAUGCAACCCAGGGUGGAGAUUCCUUGGAGAUGUACAUGGAUGCCUUACAAUAACAUCACUUAUAAAUGUUGAAUUAAACUAAACUUUGUG